UGUUGUUCAAUCCCAUUGGAGUUUUAAAAUGGGUUUCAAUGGCGUUCAUGGAAGCAUUCACGAGAAUUGAUCUUUCCAUUUUGGCAUACACCAACGCACAAACAAAAAGCUCACUCACUCACUUUCUCUUACUGUUAGAAGCGGACGAUUGACGACAAACUCUCCGCUGGCAAAAGAUUCCCUCACUGCCUUCUCAUUUUUUCGUUUCUUUCUUCUUCUUCUUGCCGAAUCCGGAUUGGGUUAUGUUUUUGUCACUGACCCAUUAAAGGAAAAGGGCAAAAGUUCAUUUGGGUUUUGCUGGGGUUUGAUUUUUUGUGGGUUUUUGUGUGUUUUGAGUUAAUGGGUUUCUUUUUCUUCACCUUUUGGUGAAACCCAUUUGAGUAAUCUCUGGUUUGCGCCAUCUACAACGCCGUGUGGAUGGGCUGUUCUAGCUCAAAGGUCGAUGAUCUUCCGGCGGUGGCGCUCUGUCGUGAGCGUUGUGCGUUUCUAGAUGAAGCGAUUCAUCUUAGAUACUCACUUGCAGAAGCUCACAUGGCGUAUAUUCAUUCCCUUAAAGGGAUUGGUCAUUCAUUGCAUAAUUUCAUUGAAGAGAGUGUUGAUCCAGUUGGGAAUGGUGGCUCUGUUAUUGAUGAUUCUGUCUCUCCUCCUCACCAUCUCUGUCAUUCCGAUUCUGAUGAUGAAUCUGGUUCUCUUCAUGAUUUUGAUCACUCCCCUCCUUUUGUCCCGCCGCACGACGGUCAUAUGGGUUAUAUGAUGCCGGAACCAGAACGUUUUGGCUCGUAUCCCGGCGGCGGAAGCGGCGGUGGUGGAGGGUUUAUACAUAUGCAUUAUAUGAGGAAAUCAGUGACACCCUCUGUUGUGUAUGAACAGAGGCCUAUGAGUCCGGAGAAGGUUUAUCAUGCCGGUGAGUCGUCUUCAUUUUCAGGGCAUUACCCUUAUCCUUAUUAUGGUUAUCCUCAAGACGGUGGCUAUGGUUCAAUGUCAUCUGCCGGAGGUUCAGGCUCGUCGCCGCCGCCACCUUCACCGCCAAGGCCCUCAGCAUGGGCUUUCUUGAACCCAUUUGAGGCAUAUGAGAAGUAUUAUAGUGCUAACACACCAAGCCAGGAUUUGAAGGAGGUGAGGGAAGAAGAGGGGAUUCCUGAAUUGGAAGAUGAGUGUAACCAACAUGAGGUUGUUAAGGAGGUACAUGGAAGCCCGAAAUUCACCGACGAUGGCGGUGGAAUGGGCUCGAAGAUAGCUGCAGGAGAUGAGCAUGGUGGUGAUGAUACAAACGCCAUGCUUUCCCAAUCAAGGCCUAGCACUGCAGCUGAGGAUGAUGCUGUUAAAUGUGAACUCCACCAGAGCAAGCCUGGUUCACAAGAGGUCUAUGAGGUUGCUAGAGAAAUUGAGGCUCAGUUCGAGAGGGCGUCGGAGUCUGGUUACGAAACGGCGAAAAUGCUGGAGGCUGGGAAGCUUCCCUAUCAGCAGAAACAUGUUUCGUCGAAAAACUCGCAUGUUCAUGUUGCUCCUUCGGUUUCGAAGAGCGUCGAUCCUUCAACUUCUUCUGCUGAAUUUGGUUACAUUGAAGAGUUUGGGAUGGCCUCUGGGAAUCUGUCUUCUACGUUAAGGAAGUUGCAUCUUUGGGAGAAGAAACUCUACAAUGAAGUUAAGGCGGAAGAAAAGAUGCGGGUAGUUCACGAGAGGAAGUAUCGAAAGCUGAAGCGCUUAGAUGAGAAGGGUGCAGAAGCUCAUGAAGUUGAUACCACUCGAACUUCAGUGAGGAGCCUAUCUACCAAGAUAAGAGUAGCCAUUCAGGUGGUUGACAAGAUAUCCAUGACAAUAAACAAGAUCAGGGAAGAAGAAUUAUGGCCACAACUGAAUGAACUAAUUCACAGAUUAGCUAGGAUGUGGCAGUCUAUGCUCGAAUGCCAUCGUGCUCAGUACAAAGCGAUCAGUGAAUCAAAAAGUUUCGGUAUGAUCGGAUCGGGUAAAUGUAACGAUAGCGAAGCUCAUCUCGAAGCAACCAAGGAGCUUGAGCAUGAGCUUCUAAACUGGACAAUCAGCUUCUCUAGUUGGAUCAGUGCACAAAAGGGGUAUGUUAGAGUCUUGAAUAAUUGGCUUCUGAAGUGUCUUCUGUAUGAACCUGAGGACACACCGGACGGUUUAGCUCCCUUCUCACCGGGACGAAUUGGUGCACCCCUGGUGUUUGUGAUCUGUAACCAGUGGUCACAGGCUUUGGAUAGCGUAUCCGAGAAGGAAGUGAUCGAUUCUAUGCGCGUGUUUAGUACGAGGAUGCUUCAAAUUUGGGAACAUGAUAAGCUAAUAACGCGACAGAGAAUGAUGGCAAAGGUUCGAAACUUCGACCGAGAUGACCAAAAGAUUCAGAAACAGAUUCAGGCAUUGGACAAGAAGACGUUGAUGGUUUCGAGAGAUGAAAAACGUCUCUCAGCUUCUGGAAAUGCUGUGUAUCAAAAUGAGAUGAGCCAUGUUAGCCUGCAAUCGAGUGUGCAAUGCCUUUUCGAGGCGAUGGAGAGGUUCACUGCAGAUUCGAUGAAAGUGUAUGAAGAGCUUUUACGACGAACCGAGGAAGAACGAUUGAAUCGGGAGCUGGAAAGAGUCCUAUGAGUGUAUGAAACUCUGCUUAUUUGUUGUUCCAAAUGUUCAAGAAAUGAAACUUUUCAGCUCAGUCACAGAGCUAGCCUCCUGCUAAGCUACACAGCAGCCAUUACGACCCGAGUUCGACUGUUCGAUAUCUGAUUGUUCCAGUGAGUUAUAACUCAAAUGCUCGGGAUGCCUUCAUUGUCGGGUGCGAGCGGAGUCGAAUGAAAAGCCUUGUUCAAUGGAAAGCUUGUUGAAUGGACAGAAAUUGAGUAAAAGUAGAGCAUUUCUCAAAGUGAUUUCACUGAUGGUUCGGAGAAUCUCGAUAGUAGUUUCAUGGAUUUGUGUUACGAGUAAUUCGUGUAAAAGUUCGUAAUAGUCGUUAGUUUGCUGCUUUUGAAGAGUUUUUCCUCUGCUCGAUUAAUCCGGCAUGGACUAUAUGAGCGAAGUAAUUUAUCGGAUAAGUUGAUUUGUUGGGCAUUUUUGAUUCACCAAA